UGCGCGCGCGAGCGGAGCGCGUGGCGGCCGGCGGCGCGGGUGGGGCGGGCUCCGCGCCACUCCCCACCCCCUACCUCCCGUCCCCUUCCCUCCCCCUCCUCUAGGGCCGGGCCCGGGCUGCGGCGGGAGCGCGGCGCCGCGGGCAGCCGCUCUGCGGAAGGCUGCUGGCGCGGGGAGGCCGGCGGGCCGGCGGCCGCGGACAUGUGCAGGAUGUCCUUCAAGAAGGAAACUCCGCUUGCCAACGCUGCAUUCUGGGCAGCACGGAGAGGAAACUUGGCCCUGCUGAAGCUGCUGCUGAACAGUGGACGGGUGGACGUGGACUGCAGAGACAGUCAUGGCACCACGCUCCUCAUGGUCGCCUCCUACGCUGGCCACAUAGACUGUGUGCGGGAGCUGGUUUUGCAGGGAGCCGACAUCAACCUGCAGCGAGAGUCAGGUACCACCGCCCUGUUCUUUGCUGCCCAGCAAGGCCAUAAUGACGUUGUGAGAUUUCUCUUUGGAUUUGGAGCAUCCACUGAAUGUAGGACCAAGGAUGGGGGCACUGCCCUGCUGGCUGCCAGUCAGUACGGGCACAGGCAGGUGGUGGAGACCUUGCUGAAGCAUGGAGCCAACAUCCAUGACCAACUUUACGAUGGAGCCACUGCCCUUUUUCUAGCUGCCCAAGGAGGUUACUUGGAUGUCAUCCGGUUAUUGUUGUCGUCAGGAGCAAAAGUCAACCAGCCAAGGCAGGAUGGAACUGCUCCCCUGUGGAUCGCGUCGCAGAUGGGCCACAGCGAAGUGGUGCGUGUGAUGCUGUUGCGUGGAGCAGAGCGCGAUGCUGCACGCAACGACGGUACUACAGCGUUGCUGAAGGCCGCCAACAAGGGGUAUAAUGAUGUGAUCGAAGAGCUGCUUAAAUUCUCACCCACUCUCGGUCUUCUGAAGGCCAAUGAACUUCCAGCAGAACUAACCAAAAAUGAGCGUAUAUUGCGUCUCCUCCAAAGUAAAGAAGGUCAGAGGAAGAGCUAACUUAGUUCCCUAUCUGACAGAAAGACAGAAGAAACCUUAUCCACACUGUCAAGAAAGAAACAGCUUUUCAAACAGGGUCAGAAAUUCUUUUAAGAACAAAUAUGUCUAGAAAGGCCACCCUGUGGGUCCCAGUGGUUUGUGCCCCAAGCGAAGAAGAACUUGGGCCCCUCCCUACCUGGCAGUGGGCUCCUCAUACUGCCCUGGAACUCAGCUGAGGCCUGGCGCACUGACGGGUCCCGCAGAAGCUCCUUGGCAACCGUGCUGACUUGGGUCUCCGGGUUAUGCUUGACGAGGUUUCCAUUUCUAAGCAAGGAGACCGAAAGCUUUGUUACUUUGAGAGAUGGGAAGACUGACCUCCAACCAAUGGAUGCGUUUUCACUUACUUGUUAAAUGUAGGUGUGUGAAAGUAGAGACCCAUCAUGUGUUACGUCUAUAUGUAUGUCGUCCCAGUGUAAAAUGUUUUCUUGCGCAUAAGAUCACAACCAUGGUUACUGGGAAUCAAUAAGUUUCAACCCUGCAUUAUUGGAAAACAACUCGUGACAUUCCACCACAUGCUAUUCAAAAAUGGACUAGUGCACAAUAGGAAAGGCAAAUUCUCUGUUUGCUAAUCAACUCUUACGGCAUUCCUGACAUGUAAAAAUCACUUGCACUUGGUGUUGUAGGUGUGCUCACACACCAGUGGCAAUCUGGGAAAUCCAGAAAAUUACAAGCCAUGGGAUAUCCAGCUUGUCUCUUUGAGCAUUUCCUUUGCUCCUCUUCCAGGGAAUCUGUUUCCCACGCCAUGAGUAAGUGGGGCUAAUUUCCUGUGUAGUCUUGAACUUCCAACACCGCUUUGCUAUAUACAGUGGCUUUGAAGUUCUCAGAUGAAAUGUGCUAUACACCAGUCUGAUGCUCUGCGAUGACUAUCGCAGGAGUGUAAGUACUAGAAGAUGCCUGUUAGGAUUUAAUAAGCACUCAUCUAUGCAUGUCCUUGGGUUGCUUGGUUCCAAGAAGGAAUUCUGAAUUUUACUUCAUUAUUUUCAAGGGGCUAAACAUUAUACUCAGUGCACUUUAUGAUCAAUGGUGUCUAACUGCCUCUGCCAGUGCCUAACUGCACUCACAAAAACUAAACUUUGUCCAAUAAUCUACCACAAUAAGCACCGAUACUGUUUCUGUUAUCUGAAUUUUGUUAGUUUUCCUACUCAUGUUCUGCACUGGUUUCCAGCCAGUGUUCUGUGGAAAGAUGUGUUGAAAUGAAAGGAAAUGCUGUUAUCCCAAAAUAAGAUUUAUUUGAGCACCUGUGGUACUGAACACAUCGUCUUUAAAGCAGUGAAUGUUAGGGUGUGAUUUUUGAAAUUGGAAAAUAUUUCCUUAAAUUUGUUUAUGACUAAUGCAAUUUAAAAAAUCAAUAUAUUUUGGUCAGUGUCACAAGCAAAGCUAGUCAUGAACACCUUACAACCCUCAGAGAAGCAGCCUGACCAGCUAUGCAGAAAUCUUCACUCUAAUUUCCAAGUAAAAGAUUAGACAAGUCCGUUGCCAAAACACUAGAUAUAAAACAACUUGGUAGCUAGAAAGCAGUGCCAAUUUCCUUAUUGACAUUCUUUUAGUCAGUCAUACAAGUACACUUUUUCUCCUAUGGAAAUUGAAAAAAAAAAAAAAACAAGAAACUAUUCAUUUUGAGGAAGAAACUAGCCUUAAGUACUUUUCACUUUUCCCCUUAGGGUAAGCCUUUUGCCAAAAAGAGUUGGCUCCUCACUGACUGAAAACAAAACUGUGUCAGGGGUACUGACGAAUCAUGAACUAAAGGAUUUUACUAAGGCAUCUUGUCAUUGGCCUAGUCCUUGGAUUGCUUUAUGGGAAUGUUCUCGAACAGUGCUGGGGCCAUAAGAAUGAAUCCAGGAGCUUUAACAGCAUUUAAUGGAGGCCUCUUUACGGUAGGUAAGUGGUAUAUUGCUUAGAAGGACCAUGUUUGAUCUGUUCAGAUAAUAUUAUCUGUAGUAGGGAAGAUGAUUAAUCAACUACCAAAGACUGAAUGAAAGGCCUGUGUUUUGGUUUCUUUGUGUGAGGGUCUCGCUGUGUAGGGAAGGCUGGCCUCAGACUCGCAGCAGUCUUCCUGCCUCAGG